CUUGUUCUCCAACCGUCCUUCCUUCCUCCGCCCUCCCUUUCCAAAACGUUCUCCGCCGCGCUUCCUCUCUCUCCCUUUCUCGCACAACCUCUCCCACCCCUCGCUGGAAUUCCGAUAAGCGCGCGCCGCCGCCGCCGACCCCAGAGACCACCACCUCCGACCCCCCAUUGGCGGGAAGGGCGUGGCCGCUCGAUUCGAUUCCACGAGGACGAGGGGCGUGGCCGUACGUCCGUCCAUCGAUCGCGUGAUCACCGCCGCGGGGGAACCGAAGAAGAAUGGCGUACCGGGCGGACGACGACUACGACUACCUAUUCAAGGUGGUGCUCAUCGGCGACUCGGGCGUCGGGAAAUCCAACCUCCUCACGCGGUUCACGCGCAACGAGUUCAGCCUCGAGUCCAAGUCCACCAUCGGCGUCGAGUUCGCCACCAGGAGCAUCAGGGUCGACGACAAGGUCGUCAAGGCGCAGAUCUGGGACACCGCCGGCCAAGAGAGGUAUCGUGCAAUUACAAGCGCAUAUUACCGAGGGGCAGUUGGGGCGCUCGUUGUGUAUGACGUGACACGCCAUGUGACCUUUGAGAAUGUAGAGAGGUGGCUGAAGGAGCUCAAGGAUCAUACCGAUGCUAACAUUGUCAUCAUGCUUGUCGGCAACAAAGCCGAUCUGCGCCACUUGCGGGCUGUCCCUGUGGAGGAUGCGAAGGCAUUCGCGGAGAGGGAGUACACCUAUUUCACAGAAACCUCUGCCCUGGAGGCCAUGAACGUAGAGGACGCCUUCACCGAGGUUCUAACGCAGAUCUACCGAGUGGUCAGCAAGAAAGCUCUUGACAUCGGUGACGACCCUGCUGCUCCACCUCGAGGGCAGACCAUCAAUGUCGGGUCGAAGGACGAUGUCUCUGCCGUUAAGAAGGCUGGAUGCUGCUCAUCCUAAUCCCUGAUUAUGGUGAAAAGUCUUUACAUUACCGGAUCAUAUGGUGGGUAGCUGAAACAAGAGAAUGUCUUGUUUGGGUAUGCUUUUGGAAGCCCAUAGUUAACCCAGGGUUCGAAAAGAUGAACACUAACAGUAACACUGAACUUGCAGCCAUUUCUUGGUGGCAGUCCUUUUUCUGGUAUCCUAAUUGCUGCACUGCUGUUGCAUAUCUGACGCGAGGGAUUCCUUCCACAGUUGAUUAUGUAACAUACCCUACUAAAUAUUGCUGUAACUGAAGCUUUUAUUCUUUUCUUCUUUCUUCUUCUGGAGAGAGAGCGUUAGUACUAUUUUCUUCUUGUUGUAUGAAAAUUCACCAUUCUUCUGCUGAGUUGAAAAUAUUGUAAAUCUUUUGGAGGAGAAUAAUUAUUGUAAGCAUCGAGCAAUGCGAGUUAUAAUCUUAAA